AGCGACGACAGAGGCUCGAGAGCCCUGCUGCCCCUACAAGUGACGAGACCUCCCCUCCCAUCCGAGCCCCUCCAUGCCAAGGCUCCUGCGCCCUUCUGCCCGUUCCUCAAGCCCACCCAGCGUUAUCGGCUUGUGAAAACUACGACUUCCAGAGCUCCUUGCGCGGAGCUCCCGGUGGCUCAGGUCAGGUGACAACUGGCCCCGCCCUCACACAUAGUCAGCGGAGCCCGAAAGGUCCUCUACGUUCCUAAGUGGCGUCUGGCGGCCGAGUGCAGCUUUCGGUGAAGUCGGUCCUCCAAGCCCGAGAGGCUGUCAGUUCUGAGAAGUCAAAGAACAUGAUGAGGAAUUGGCUGCUUAUUUUGACCCUUUUCCUCUUGAAGUUCAUAGAGAAAUGUGAGUCAACUGUUAGUCUCACCGUUCCUUCCACGGUGAAGCUGGAAAAUGGCAGUUCAGCCAAUGUCAGCAUCACCCUUGGGCAUCCAUUAAAUGCAACCUUGGUGAUCACUUUUGAAAUCACAUUUCGUUCAAAAAAUCUUACUAUUCUGGAACUUCCUGAUGAAGUUAUAGUGCCUCGUGGAGAGAAAAACGCCUCUUUCGAAGUGACUUCUCAAAAUGUUGGACAAGUGACUGUUUAUCUGCACAGAAAUAAUUCCAACCAGACCUGCCCCAGGAUUCGGUUCCUGGUGAUACACAGCAGAAUCAUUAGCAUCAUAAACCAGGUGAUUGGCUGGAUCUACUUCAUGGCCUGGUCCAUCUCCUUCUACCCACAGGUGAUCCAGAACUGGAGGCGGAAAAGUGUUGUUGGUCUCAGCUUUGACUUCUUAGCUCUGAACUUGACAGGCUUCGUGGCCUACAGCGUUUUCAACAUCGGCCUUUUAUGGGUGCCCUAUAUCCAGGAGCAGUUUCUCCUCGAGCACCCCAACGGCGUGAACCCUGUCAACAGUAAUGAUGUCUUCUUCAGCUUACAUGCAGUCGCCCUCACCCUGAUUCUCACCCUGCAGUGCUGCCUAUAUGAGCGAGGCAACCAGCAUGUGUCAUGGCCCUCUGUUGGAUUCCUGGUCCUUGCAUGGCUCUUUGUCUUAGUCACCAUGAUCAUGGCUGCAGUCGGUGUCACCACGUGGCUGCAGUUCCUCUUCUGCUUCUCCUACAUCAAGCUCAUCAUCACGCUGAUCAAGUAUUUUCCACAGGCCUACAUGAACUUUUACUACAAAAGCACUGAGGGCUGGAGCAUUGGCGGUGUGCUUCUGGACUUCACAGGGGGCAGCUUUAGCCUCCUCCAGAUGUUCCUGCAGUCUUACAAUAAUGGGUUCAGGCAGCACGCACAGGUCCCGACAGCCAUCCCAGCCAGAACUAGGCACCAAGUUUGCAGCAGAUGGCCCUGCCCCAAACCACCAGUGUUUCUGGGAGCAGCUUCAAGGGCUAACCUUGCAGCUGGGAGAGCCAAAGGUGCUUUGUUCUACCGCAGUGUUCACAGGGACCAGUGCUGUGGCCAAUGGACUUGAAGGUGCUGAUGCUGGUGGUGGAAGGGUGAGGACUGGGGUUAGGCUUUGGGCUUUCUCUGGAGGCCACAUUUCUGAUACUCAUUCUAUAUAACUCUGCUCCAGUAACUACAGAAUUUGUGGCCCAGGCCAAUGCCUGAUAAAGUGUAUUUCUGAUUCCUGAGGUGCUUGCCAGAUCGGUCUCAAGUGGACCCACACCUGCUACCCUCUGGAUCUUUACAUGCAAAGACGGAUAUCACAGUACCUCUUUUUUAUUUUUUUUUAACCCCCAAGGGAUAUUUUGAAAUGGCUUGUUUUCUUUUACCCUCUUCCCUACCUCACUUUAUGAGUCAGAGGGAGCCCCCUUUGAGCACUGUUCCUAACCUUAUGCCUAGAGAGCAGCACUCAGUGCCAGCCUGUGCCUUAGAGGCCCAGCAGCAGUAAGAGUAGCUCCUCUAGAUGCAGGCAGGCCUCCUUCCCCAGCCCAAACCGAGACUACAAUUUCUUAGCUGUUAAGGAGCCUCAGAAGAAUAGGAGCUCACCUCCUAUACUGCUUUUGGUUCCACCCUGAUCCCAAACCUCCUUCCUUCUCAUCCCAAGUUGUCCUUCCUGUCAGUUGGGAAGGAACCAGGGUGUGCCUUAAGUUUAUCAAUAUGUUCUUUUUGUUUUUUUUAUAAGACUAAUAUUGGGGGGCCUUUGUGUUUCUUUCUUUUGCAUUUUCUUGUUUCAUUUUGGUGAAGUAUGUGUCCUUAAUUAAAAGGUGGCUUGUUUCCUGUU